AUGAAACGAGAAGAAGAUAAAACCAGAAUACAAGAAUUAGAACGUAUCAAGAUUCAAUUUACUCAACUAGAGGAAAAUCGACGUUUAAUGAGAGAACAAGCAGCUGAAUUACAACGUGAAAUUGCACAAUUAAAAACAGAAAAGGCUGAAAUUAAAGAAGCAUUUGAUCGUUAUCGUGAUGAAGUAGCUGAAAUGGUUGAAAGUGUGGAAAUGGCUACAUUAGAUAAAGAAAUGGCAGAAGAAAAAUUAGAAUCAUUAACUACAGAAAUUGAAUUAUUAAAAGAACAAGUAGAAGAAUUGACACUUGAAAAUCAAAUUUUAAAAGAAGAAUCUGAAGAGAAAGGAGGAGCAACCACUUUACCUGGUGCAGAUGGUGGACCAACUCCAUUACAAUUGAAAAAUCUUGAACAACAAAAUGAACGAAUGAAACAAGCACUUGUUAAACUAAGAGAUUUAACUAAUCAAGAUAAACAAGAAAUAACUGCUUUAACUAAACAAAUUACAUCUUUGGAAUCUGAAAUUAAUCAACUUCAAACAGAGAAAGAACGUCUAACUAACGAUUUAAAAGAAAGUAUUGAACAAACUAUUGAAUUGAAAGAACAAGUAGACGCUUCACUUGGUGCUGAUACAAUGGUUAGUCAGUUGACACAACGUAAUCUAGAAUUGGAAGAAAUGCUUGAAAAAGUUAAAGAGGAAAGAAAUGAUUUGGAAAUACUAUGUGAAAUGAAUGAUGAAUUACAAGAGAAUAGUCGUGAAACUGAGCUUGAACUUCGUGAAGAAAUUGAACGAGCCAAUACACAAAUAAAUCAACUUGUACGUCAUCUAGAUGCUACACGCGAAACCAUUGCAGAUUAUGAACAAACAUUAGGUAAAUUUAGAGAUUUAGUCGCCGAUUUACAAACUCAAAAUUCUGAUCUUCAACGAUCACUAGCUGAUGGAAAACGUUUACAGGAACAACAACAACAACUACAUUCAACAGUUGCAACAGAAUUUGCUAGUUCUGCAGUUCCAUUUAUGGCAACCAAGUUAGGUGCCACUUCUCAGGCACAAACUCUUGCUAAAGUGAUUGAAGCUGAAUUGAGACGUCUUGAAGCAGAACAAAGUGCAAAUCAUGUAACUCGUUUAUCUGCUUUUCUUCCGGAUUCAUUUUUACGACGUGGUGGUGAUAAUGAAGCAUUAUUAGCUCUUCUCUUAAUCGAUCGUCUAACUGGAAAGUGUGACCUAUUAGCUAACCAUCUUGUUGAACGCUAUCCUUUACCCCCGUGUGUACCUGGUCAAACAUCAUUGCAACUUCCUCAAACAGAUAGCAAUGCUGUAGAUAGUCAAACGACUACUGUUAGUGGAAUUUGUAUUCCAGGCACUGAUAAUCCAUUACCACCGUUAACUAAAAGUAAAGCCGAAUUUUACAGUUUCAUAACAAGAUUAAUUCAUUUGCUUCGAUCAAUGGGCUCUUUAUUAAAUCAGUACAAGCAAAUAUUUACAGGUUGCAGUGUUGAUCUGUAUUUGAAAUUUGGUUCUUUAUACAAUGAAAUGUGUGUUCAUGAACACUGUAUUGAUCGAUUAAUAGAACAAACUAAAAAUGAUCAAUUAGAUGAGACAAUAUCAUUAGAAUCAUUGAUAACAUCAUUUAAUUAUUUCAUUCAAUUAUAUAAUGUUCAUUUGAAAAAUGAACCAUUAUUUAAUUGUAAUAUUAAACUGAUGGAUUUUACACGAACAAUUUUAUCUGCAGUUGAUGCUUUAUCAGUUGAUUCUAUGGCUUUAAUGAUAUUAACAGGAAAAGAUGUUGAUUGUUUAUUAAAAAUAGCCAAAACUGCUGCUUCAAAUGUUUCUGGUCCAUUAAGUAUGGGUAGUAUGGAUGAAGUUGGUUCAUUGUUAUUGUUAAAAUCUUCAAAUAGUAGCGAUAGUAAUGAAGGGUUAAUUAUUCUUCUUAAUGAAUUAGUACAUUUUGCUACAACUGUACGUGUAAUUAUACGUCGAAUAAAACGAAGAAUUCCAAAUAAACCUAUUGGUCAACAACCAUUAUCAUUUAAUCAAGAUGUUGCACAGAAAUUAGAUACAGUUAUUCAAUUAUUUGAUUCAAUUGUUGGAACUAUGUACACAACAACUCGUUUGGCAGGUCAAUUAACAGUUCGUCAAGUGGAAGAUUCAUCCAAUCUUGAACCAAAUGUUGUAUUUACUCAAUGUUUAACAGAAGCUUGUAAAGAAUACUUAACAUCAAUUGAUCUUCGAACUAGUAGUACUUCACGUCCUAGUGUUAUUUCACCAGAAAUAUUAGUUCGUACUAAUCUAAGUCAAAUUGCUCGUAUUAUUAGUCAAAUAGCAAUAGCAAUGGAAAAUGGUGAAUAUGAUUUUGAUGGAACUAAACAACCAUUGCCUCAAGAGCCAGUUGUUGCUCGUGCCAUCGCCUAUAAACGUGCACAAACUGAAUUAGAAGGGUGUCGUGCUAAAUUAGAAAGUCGAGGUGAAGAAUUACGUGAAUUACAAAAGGCAUUAAAAGCACGUGCUGAUGAGCUUAGUGAAAUGUCUGUUCGUGUUAGUUUAGCUGAGAAAAAGUUAGAAACUGCAGGAAAAUCGAACGAAGAGAAGAUUUCCCGAUUAGAACAACGUUUAGAACAGUCAGAAGCUCAACAGAAACGUAAUGAGAAAGAAUAUGAACAAACCUUAGAUGCACUUCAAGCGGAUAUUGAAUCUUUGGAACAAGAAAAAGCAGAUCUUAAAGAAAAAUUAAAAACACUCAGUAAAAAAGCUUUAUUUGAAGGAAUUAUUAAAUCUCCACUGCUUCCAAGCACAACGCAAUCUAAAACUCAGCCUUCAACAACAGGCUCUACCACUACUUCAGCUCCUGCACCUGAUAGACAAACUUCAGUCGAGUGUACAUCACCUUCACCUGGUCCAGCUCGUUUGGCUGCUUACCGAGAUGCUUCAUUGAUGGCAAUGGAGAUCGAAGCUCUCCGUGAAGCUGUUCGACGUUUAUCUUCUGAAGUGUCCAAACUUCGUGGUGAGAAGAUGCUUGAACAACUUAAGAGCUUGGGUUCUUUACAAAAACCUUCACGUCGUCAAGAGCCUAUUAUUGUAGAUGAUGACACUUCUGAUAAGGAGAAUAAAUCAUCCUCACCUAUGCAAGAACACAAAUCUGUCCUACCACAAAUUGUCCAUGAUGCAAAUGUACUACGAAAAGAAAUUUUCUCUGUACUUGCAAAUCCUCAAGUUGUUCGCUUGCCUAAAUUAUUGUCAAAACAAGUUUCAGAGAUGCCUAUUUCAGAUUCUGGAGAUGAUGGAUCAACUUCUACUCUACAACCGGUUAAAGUUGUUCAACCCAGUGCUACAAUUCAGUUUAAUAGACAAACGGUGAAAUUAGUCAAAUUGAAAAAUGAAUUAGAAAAGAUUCGUCAGCUCGAUGUACCUGUUGAUGUUCACUCUGGGACUCUAACCUAGUACCACGACCUGGAUUCCUGUGUUAGCCACCAUCCAUCUCUGUUUAUAAUGUUUGUGACUUAAGGUAAGUUCGAGACAAUCCGCACAAGAUGCAUGUAUGCCAAUAAGAAGCUGAUCAUUUGCAGUCCUAAACAUCAGUGUGAAUAUUCAAGAGACCAAUGCAGAAAUGAAUAACUGUGUUAAACUGAUACCCAUUAUUUUCUUACGACUCCAUAAAUCGUGAUCUUAAAAGAUGGGAGGUAAGUAGCUCUGAAAAUAUCAUAAUAACACCCAAUGGCGUCUAUGUUGUAGUAGAGUAGUGGUAAGCUGCUCUGUUUUCAGCCAUUUAGUCGUGAUUUUGGAUUUCUUUCCUUCAACUUAGAUUUAGGUAACUGAUAAUCACCAGCUAUCAAAUAGUAGUUGUAUGAGUCGAAGGAGAAUGCAAGAAUUUGCAUUUCUUAGCCCCAAAUUGCCAUGAUAUCUAUCGGUAUAUCACGAACAUUGGCAAUUAAAUUCAAUCAACGCUUUUAAAUUAUUUUGUGCAACAUAUAACCCUAACUAGUAAAUUCGCACAUUCCAACAUUGCUGGAUUCAAUGAAUACAUGUAAUAACGACACGGUAUGGCUACUUAUAGUAUUACUCAGCCUUCUUCCAUCCCCCAGCUAACAUGGAGUAUCGUAUCGAGUAGCAGUUGAGGGUCUGUGACAAUACCCGAUUUUUCUUAUCAGUCAUUUUACCAUAUAUAUUCAACAGUACCCUACACCCAACCGACCGUAGCUGCUAACUUGAUGUAGUGCUCGAGCUUCCUCAUCGUAUUGAUUCGAUCAAGCUAGCUAAAAUAAUUGUUCCUUUAGGCUUUACUAUGCCAUCCAGGUCAUUUCGGGAACGGUAAGACUAAAAGCAGCCAGCUCAUGAGCAGAAAGCGGAGUCAUACUGCUGAUUAUAGAGUGGUUUAGCAACGGUAAGGUGUUUCCUUCAGGUAACCAGGGUCUGCAGUGCUGUCGCCCUUUCAGUAGAAGAAAGAAGUUAAGAAAGGUGCGGCCUAGAACUGUAAAGUCACACCUUACUCUACAAAUUUUCGUCUCGAACAGUAGGGCAUUUUUGAACCACGGAUCUAACACAUUAUAAACUUUUCACAGAAGGGCCGUGUAUGACCGGCAUCAAGCUGUUAUCUCCUAAACUCUGUAGUCACGCUUCCAAGUUGCUACGACCACUACUAAUCCAGUUUCAUUCUCAGAUCUCUCAAAACGAAAUACUCUCACGAUGAGGAUUACGAAGAACUGACAACCACUCUCAUGUACACUAUUAACAAUGCUAGGAAUUCUUUUGUUGCGUUUGACUUUACUUGACACGUAACUUCAGCAUUACUCACUGGAUUGUUAUGCGUUUUUUUAAAAAUUAUCUUAACUUCC